AUGGCCAUGUGUGCAAAUCCGAAGUGUGUCCUCCUUCCAAAGCUGCUCCUACUGAAGACGUUGCUCCUGUUUUGUGACGUUUGGGACUCCAGAGCCGAUGACCACAGCCAAUGGGCUCUUGAUAUCAUGAGAGAAUCCCCCUUAAUUGAUGGACACAAUGGUCUGCCACUGAAGCUGAGAUGGUUCUAUCAAAACAAAAUGAGUAAAUUUAAUUUAAAGACUCUUGACACCACACUUACCAACAUUAAGAAGCUCCAGGAUGGCCAUGUCGGUGCUCAGUUUUGGACUGUGGAAUUCUACUGUGAGUCUCAGGACAAAGAUAUAGUGCGUUUAACUCUGGAACAGAUUGACCUUGUGAAGCGGAUGUGCAAAAGAUACGAUGAACUGGAAUUGGUGACAUCUUCGGAAGGCCUAGCCAACAGUAAAAAGAUAGCAUGUUUAAUUGGCAUUGAUGGUGGUCACUCUAUCGACAGCAGUCUUGCAACUUUGCGGAUGUAUUACGAUCUAGGCGUCCGGUAUUUGACGCUAACACCAUACUGCAACAUUCCUUGGGCAGAAUCAUCUGUGCCGGAGCAAGCUACUUUCUAUCGCCACGUUAACGGAUUGAAAGCAUUUGGUAAAGAAGUGGUGAAGGAAAUGAAUCGACUGGGGAUGAUAAUAGACUUAUCCCAUACCUCCGAAGCAACUGCAAUGAGUGUCCUCGCUAUCUCCAAAGCACCGGUCAUUUUCAGCCACUCAACGACAGCCGCAUUCUGCCAAAACCCAAACAACAUCCCUGAUGAUAUUUUGCAACUUCUGAAGGAAAACAAGGGAAUUGUGAUGAUUUCCUUCAACAUCAAGUUCUUGGCCUGUGGCAGAGUUUCGGCUGGCGUUUCAGUUGUAGCAGAUCACUAUGACUACAUCAAGAAGAAAAUAGGCUCAGAACAUUUAGGAAUUGGCGCAGACUAUGACGGAAUCAAUAUACACCCCGUGGGCCUGGAAGACGUUUCCAAAUAUCCAGCCUUGAUCAAUGAGCUCCUGAAGCGAGGAUGGAGUGAGAAAGAACUGAAGGGCAUUUUGAGGGAGAAUUUCCUCCGUGUUUUCCGGGAAGUGGAAAAAGUGCGGGAUGCAAGUAUUUCCAUAAAACCAAAUGAAGAAGAAAUCCCGCCAGAGAUGAUAAAAAAUUCUUGCCGCCUAGAGCUGAAGCCCCCUUCGGGAGGUGCUAUUUGAGGCCACCAUCUUCACUGGAACAGCCAAAAGGAUGAAUGUUUUAUUAUUGCUGUGUACCCAUGGACAUCACAUUGAGCAAAGAGAACCACAAUAGCAAAAAUAAAUCUACUGGCA